AACCGUUUGUGAGGAUGACACGGCAUGGUAAGAACUGUACUGCAGGGGCUGUCUACACCUACCAUGAGAAGAAGAGGGACGCAGCGGCCUCAGGCUAUGGGACCCAGAACAUCCGACUGAGCCGGGACGCCGUGAAGGACUUUGACUGCUGCUGUCUCUCACUACAGCCCUGCCAUGAUCCUGUGGUCACCCCAGAUGGCUACCUGUAUGAACGGGAGGUGAUCCUGGAGUACAUCCUACACCAGAAGAAAGAGAUUGCCCGGCAGAUGAAGGCCGAUGAGAAGCAGCGAGCAGCCCGGAGGGAAGAGCAGAAACAGCUUCAGCAAGCUGCAGCCCAGGACCAAGUUCGAGGCUUCCUGGAGAAGGAGGCAGCCAUCGUGAGCCGGCCCCUCAACCCCUUCAUGCCCAAAGCUGCCACCUUACCCAACACAGAUGGUGAGCAGCCAGGGCCCAGGGUGGGUCCCCCAGGCAAGGACAAGAACAAAGCGCUGCCCAGCUUCUGGAUUCCCUCACUGACGCCUGAGGCAAAGGCCACCAAGCUGGAAAAACCAUCUCGCACUGUGACCUGCCCGAUGUCUGGGAAGCCUCUACGCAUGUCGGACCUGAUGCCAGUGCACUUCACGCAGCUGGACGACUCUGGAGACCGCGUGGGACUCAUCACACACAGUGAGCGCUACGUGUGUGCUGUGACCCGAGACAGCCUGAGCAAUGCCACACCAUGUGCAGUGCUGUGGCCCUCUGGGGCUGUGGUCACCCUGGAGUGUGUAGAGAAACUGAUCCAGAAGGACAUGGUGGACCCGGUGAACGGGGAUCCGCUGACAGAACGUGAUAUCAUCGUGCUGCAGCGCGGCGGUACCCGCUUCGCAGGCUCAGGAGUGAAGCUACAGGCAGAGCUGUCUCGGCCAGUGAUGCAAGCCUGAGCUGUGACCUAAUAAACCUGCCUGUGAAUGGAAAAAAAAAAGAAAUACAAUUUAAUGCCAGGUGGUUGGAGAGCAUGCCUCUAAUCUCAACAUUUGGGCGGACAGGCAGAUCUCUGUGAGUUCAAGGCCAGCCUGGGCUACAGGGCGAGUUCCAGGAAAACUAGAGCUGUUGUUACACAUAAGUUAAAGUUCAUCAACACAGUAAUGUCGUUAAGAACCAGGAAUGGAAGUAGUCAUAAGAAGAUCCUGGCUUCUUCUGGACAUUUGAGUUGUUCUUCUCCUCAGGAAGGGCAUCUUAUAAAACCUAAGGAUUUCAUAAGAAUCUAUUGGAUGGAUCUUAGGACUCUCCAAGAUUUUCAUUGCCAAAGGGCAAAUACUGGAAUUAUCUGGAAACAUAAGCUCCAGAGAACAGCAAGGACCCCAUUGGUAAAUAAUUAUCAGGAGUAGAAGUGGCCAAGAUGAGAAGGUUUUAAUCUUUCAUUUUAUCUAUCUAUCUAUCUAUCUAUCUAUC